AUGACAAGAUCACCCGACCAGCGCCAACAUCUCCAGCAAAUGUCACUACCAGAGACACUGGAUAGAGCCCAUGAGGCCCUAUCGACGAUCUUGACAGCAAUUCCGUUCUCGACCACGGACGAGGCACUGGACCAGACGAGCGCACAUCUUGACUCGACGGCCCGGUACUUGAAAGAUUCGAGCGAUAGCCUUGUCCGGUCCCAGAAUCAGUUGGCGACGCUUGUUUCGCGGAUUCAGUAUGUUAGAGAGUUCUUGCCUGAGGAUGGACACCUCCAGCGUUCUUUUGAUGAUGGUGAUGAGGUGGAGGAAGAAGAGGUCAAGAAGUAG